UGAGGUAGAGUCAUAUAAGCUUAAAUAGAGAUGAGGAGAGAGAGAGAGAGCAUCUUUGUGCGGAGGGUCGCUGCUGCUGCACCAUCCUCCUCCUCCUCCUCCUCUUCUUCAUCUCACGAUGUUCCCCACACUGGUCCCCUUCGUGCUGCUGGCCGUGCACGCGGUUCUCUUGGACGGCGCCCUGACCUUUAAGCAGACGGACCCGGUCACGGGCACGCAGCUGGUUUGCGAGGGCUGCGCUCCGGGGACCUUCCUUCGUGCGCGCUGCACGUCGACGAGCAGGAGCGAGUGUGCGCCGUGCCCGGCGGGCUCCUACACGGAGAUAUGGAACUACAUCAGGAAGUGUCUGCGCUGCAGCCUGUGCGGCCACUACGAGGUGACACGCACGGCCUGCACCGCGCACAGCAACACCAAGUGCGCGUGCAAAGAGGGAUUCUACUUCGAUAAACAGACCGAGCUCUGCAUGCCCCACAGCGCGUGCCCGUCCGGACAGGGGGUGCUGAGCAAAGGUACAUCGGACCAGAACACCGUCUGCCACGUCUGUCCCGACGGAACCUUCUCCGACAGCAUCUCUGCUCAUCACAACUGCACCAGGGCCAAGAGCUGCGACGGCGCCGGGCAGCACCUGCUGCUCAGGAGCGCCCCCUGGCACGACAGCGUGUGCACGAGCUGCGAAGAGCUCCGAGACGGAGCGAGCUACCUCAGAGAAAUCCUCCCGGCUUACUUCCUCCACCACUCAAUGUCCCUCAAGCGGCUGCGUCGGCUCGUACAGCACCUCCCCUCCGAGGACGGCAGGAACCAGGGAGUAACCUCAGAUCUCGAUAUCCCAGAGCUCAACGCCCGCGUGAACGCCUGGAUCGCCUCCGCUACCGAGAAGCAGAUCCGUCAGCUCCCGGCCGUCCUCAGGAGAAUCGGCGCCAGGACGUCCCGGGACCGGCUGCACAACAAGCUGCAGAGGAUGGAGGCGGCUGUGCAGCAGCUGUGUGGAGCCCAGGGGAACGAGGUGGAGGCAGUGUAACGUCAGAGUAGGAUGAGGUAGCAAACAUCUGGGUUUGACCAGUCCAGGGUUUUUCUUAAAUCAAUAAAAGUGUUCUGAUCCAGAUGAACUUUCAUUACAGGCUCUGUUUUUUACUUUUUGCUUUACUUAAAGGAGGAAACCGGUCACUUCGAGGUAAAGUGAGUUUCUUUAACUUCCUGUUUCCCAGUAUUCCAGUUUCUCUUCUGUUUACUCUACGUGACACAGAGCUGCUGCCGGGGACAGAGGAGUGAUCACAGAUGUUUUAUAGAACCAGACGAGGGCUCGCUGCCCUUCAGGUCAGCUGAUCCAGGACAGAGUGGAGGGUUAGACAAAGUGGAAAACGUCCGACUUUAGUUUUUGGGUUCCAUCCCUCAUACGUAUGAAUGGAAGUACAUGCAUGUGCCUAGUUACAGUUUGUAAGUUAUAGAUUUUGAAUGUAUUGCACGUGAGCGUUAGCGGCCUUCAGUGCAUCUACCUCUUCUUCCUGUGUGAUGAUUAAACAUGUGAGUUUAUUACAUAAUUUAUUUAUAUUUCGAGUUGAAGUUGUAUCUGAUGAGUCACAGUGUGGCUCCUGCUGAUCGCCACUCCUUAUAUUUUUAUACGCAGAGUUGUAUAUGAGUGAAGUUUGUGUUACUGCUUUUAAAUCAUGCGCAAAUAAAAUUGAAUACACAAUAUAA